GCUAUGCGAGAGAUAUGCAAGAUAUAAUAUAAGGGAAAUAAAGAAAAAAAUCAAAAUUAGUAGUAAAUUAAGGAAAAUUAGCAAUUUUAGGGAGUGCGAAUAAUGCUUAAAAAUAAUAAAAAAAAUUAAAUAAUUAAAUAUAAUAAUCUGAGUGCUGUGAGAGUUUUAAAGGAAAAAAAUAAAAACGUGUUAAAUGAGUUGAUAUUCUUUCUGGAGAAUAACAAUAACAAUAAAAAACAGUUUACGAAAGCGUUUCAUGUAAAUAAAAUUUGGGCAACUAGAAAGAAAAACAAAGUUGAUUAGUUUUAAACAAUUCAAACUGCGAGUAAAAUUUAAUAAGUGAUCAACUGAAGUUUUCCGCUACAAACACCCAAAUAUACUACCUUUAAGACUAAACAAAAUGGAUGGCUAUCAGGAUAUGAGCGAAUUGGAAAAAUCGGUCGCUCAUGCGGGCACUCAACUCUAUACAGUGGCACACAAAUUGCACGAAGUUGAAACGACAUUGGAUCACACUAGCAACCUGGAUGAUGUUGAUGGCGUUUGUGUUAUGGAAUUACUUGAGUCCAUGGAGGAGGUCAAGGCGGAAUAUCAUCACUUGGUACAGAAUUUACGUGAAGUGCAUCAGUUGCAGCGUGACGUCACCACAUCGAUACGCUUUCAAAUGCGUAGCAUGCAGCAGACCUUCGAAUCGUUGAAGAAACGUAUUGAAUUGCGUGUCACUCAAAAUUAGAAAAAAAAAUAUGAAGAAGCUGAUACUGAAGGUUGUAAUGUACUUACGUUUAGUUUGCUGGCUGGUAGCUGCGAAAAUACGUAAGAUGGAAAAUUUUGUGCAUACUCGUAUUUGAUUUUAAUUCAUGGUAUGAAUUUAUAU